AUGCCUCUCACACCUCAGCAGCAGGCGAUUUCGUCGCCUGUUGUCGUGAAUCCUCCACGUGGUGAGUCACCACGCGCGACAGGUACAUUCGUUGCGUCUGCAGUGGGUACCUUGAGUCGUAAUGAAGAUGAUGCUGAGAUAGAGCUCGUCUAUUCUGGCGAGUCGGAUGAUGCAGACGACCCGAAGGCGACUCCUCACGCCUCCGGAUCACCCGAGGCGGGCACAGCAAGAGCCAGGUUUUCUGGCUAUGGUCAACGCAGCGGUAUCAUGUCCGAGAUCUUCGGACCGAGCUAUUCUUUUGAUGAAUCCUCGUCUCACGCAAUUCCAUCCGACGAUAGGACGCGUGGUGAAGGUAGUGAUGCCCCUAUGCUUCACCACGAGAGAGGCAAAUCCAGAGAUCGACCUGCCACUGGUGUCAGUGGUCGUGCUGACACCACUCAAGAGUCCAGGGACCACAAUGUCCUGCGCCAUGCUCCUGAAGUGAAGUCUCCUUGGUUGCCGUCAUCCAAAGAGUUAGAUUGA